CCGCCUUCUACUAGGUUCUGCUGCAGGAAUGGCGGGCUUGGGGAACCUGGUCCUGCGGCCCUGGAUUCGAGAGCUGAUCCUGGGGUCAGAAACACUUUCAAGUCCACGAGCCGGACAGCUGCUCAAGGUAUUGCAGGACGCAGAGACCCCAGGCCCAUCCCACGCGCCUGUUGCCCCUGACGCCGGGGCUAUGCUGCUUGUGUCGGACGGGACCCACAGUGUCCGGUGCCUGGUGACGCGCGAGGCCCUGGACACCUCGGACUGGGAGGAAAAAGAGUUCGGAUUCUGUGGAGCUGAGGGUCGGCUACUGCUACUGCAGGUCUGCGGGGUCCGCAUCCAGGUCGCCGAGGGCUGCACGCCUGCAGAGUUCUACCUCCAAGUGGACCGGUUCAGCCUGCUGCCCACUGAGCAGCCUCGGGUACUGGUUACUGGUUGCAACCAGGACUUGGAUGUGCAGAAAAAGCUGUAUGACUGCCUUGAGGACCACCUUUCAGAGUCCACSUCUUCCAAUGCAGGCCUAACACUGUCCCAGCUUUUGGAUGAAGUGCAGGAGGACCAGCAGCAUCGGGGGGCACUAGUACAUCUAGCUGAGAGCUGCCUAGUGCUGGCAGGCCCUUGCACAGCACCCCCGCUCACCCACUGGGCUGCCUCACGCUGCAGGGCCAUGGGAGAAGCUGUAUACUCUGUCCCCAGCUUAUUGCUGCACAUUCCUGAAAAUGACCAGCAAAUUCUAAGCUCUCUGGGCUCAAGUCAGAAGGUACAAGGGCCCACAUUGUCCCUAUCAAAACUGGCUCUGCAGGACCCAUCUUUGAACCUGAUCUCUAAUUCUUCCUCAUCCAUCUCUUCCUUCCCAGGAACUCCUGCCUUAACCUGUCACAUGCCAUUGGAGGAAAGCAGUGCCAGCAUCAGCCUUCUGCCUGCCCUGCCUUUGGCUGCCCCGGACCUGGUACAGAAGCACAUCUCCCAGUCCCUACCUGCCAUCUGCUCAGCCUCUGGAUCCCCGCCCUUCAGUUCCCCACACCCCAGUCAUACAUCCAACUCCCCACUCCUGAGCUGCAUUCCCAGUCUCUCGCCCCUCGACCAUAACCCCAGUCCAUACCAGGCCCAUGUGACCAGGGCCCAGAAACUUAGCCUGGAGUUCAGAGAGCUAGGGUUGCCCCACAAGAACCAGCGGUCUUUUCCAAGGACUGGAGCCAAGGGAGUCCAGGAGCCCUGCCCUGUCUGGGACCCCCCAAAGAGGCAUCGUGAUGGUUCCACCUUCCAAUAUGAGUAUGAACUACCCUGUGCCUCCCUCUGUGCUCAGGUCCACGCUGUCAGGCUCCCUCCCCAACUUGUGGCAUGGGUCUUGUACUUUUUGAUGGAGCCACAGCCAGAGUCUGAGCUAACUCAAGUGUGAGGAGUCAUGCAGGCACAUCAGAGGAUAUGCAUGUACAGGUCUGUGUCUAGGUGUGGACAAACUUAUGUAGUCUGCU